CCGGCCGCUAAUACGGAGCCUGCUUAUUUGGCAGUUUCUCAAGUUACUCCCCUCAGGCAGCUUGAGCCAGUAAAACUAGAUCCUUUCAUCUCGGCGGAGCUUACUGACAACCAGCCGUCUGGUUUCCUAGGAAACAAAAUCUUGGCUAGAAAUAGUGAAUCAUUUCCAGGUCACUUUCAACAUGGAGAGUGGAGCAGGGAAGCAUUGGACUGAGGAGGAGGUUAAAGCCUUGUUAAGCGUCUGGUCGGAAAAAAAUAUCAGAAAGCAACUCCACGGCACCCUGAGGAAUAAAGGAAUAUUUAUCUACAUUGCUAAGAGGUUGCAGGAGUUAGGAGUUUGCAGGGACUGGAAACAGUGCCGUGCAAAGUAUAAAAAUCUGAAGUAUGAAUACAGAACGGUUAAAUAUGCCCACAACUCUGGGGAUGUCACUAAAACCAUGAAGUUUUUCCAUGAUCUGGAUGCCAUAUUGCGAUAUGAACCUGUCACACAAUUAGCGGCAGAAGAGAACGGCAGGUGUUCUGCGACUGAGACGCAGCUGAACACAAGCCCCACAACAGACAGCAUGCAAGGUGAAAUAUCAAUUUCUUUAGAAGAUGAUGAGGAUGCUCCAGGAGAUCCACUACUUUUUAUGUCACAUGUCAGACCAGUUCAACUAGGUAACCCGUAUCUGUGUCUCUCCCCUACCCCACACGAUGCAGGUAAUCCAACGUCAGCAAUAGAGGCUUCCAAAACACCGGCUUUUAUUCCAACAGUAGCAAAUGAAGGAGGAAAACACUGGACUGUUAAUGAAGUCAGAGCUUUGAUACGCAUAUGGUCAGACAAAAAUAUCCAGCAACAACUGGAGGGCACAGUGAGAAAUAAAAGAAUAUUUGAACAGGUUGCUGCUAGACUUCAAAAGUUCGGAAUUGACAGGGACUGGAAGCAGUGCAGGACAAAAUAUAAAAAUUUGAAACAUGAAUACAAGAGUGUAAAAGGUGCCCAAGACUCAGGGAGUACAAGUAAAAGUAUGAAAUUUUUUAAUGAACUGGAUGCUAUUCUGGGGCACAGCACCAUGGAACAAGGAAGUAAAUCAGAUAAUGAUGAAAGUGAGAGGCCUCCAGAAUGGACAGAAGCAAAAUCAGAAAAGGACUCCAUAGAAAUGCCUGGAGACACAGGUGAAGAGGACUCUGUUAGUAAUAUGUCAGAAGACCUACAGGUUGCAGAUAUAAAGAAAGUUUCUGACUCAGAUGAUGUUACUGUAAAUACUACUCCAGAGAAUCGGGCAGCUCUGCAUAUAACGAAAGAAACAGCUAUGACAAAAAUCCCUGAAGAUGAGGGGGACAUUGCUAACUCCACCCCGGCAGCUCUGGAAGCUACACAAAUAAAGAAGGAGACGAUUGACAUAGAUGAUGAUUCUAUAAGCACUACCUCAGAAGACAGAUCUUGUACGCCAGUAGCAAAACGGAUGGUCGGGACAGACAAUCACAUUCCCUUGGAAGAAGCACAAAAUCACUUUAAAGUUAUUACAGUUAAUGAUACUGGAGCAGGAAAACACUGGAGUGAUAAUGAAGUCAGAGCUCUGAUAAACAUAUGGUCAGAUGAAAAGAUACAACAAAUGCUUGAAGGGGCCACGAGAAAUAAAGAGAUAUUUGAGGAAAUUGCCAGAAGGUUAAUGAAACGUGGUAUAGACAGAGACUGGAAACAAUGUCGCACAAAGUACAAGAACCUAAAAUAUGAAUACCGCGCACUGCAGAAGGAGAAUGAGCAUCUUGGUAAUCCCAGGAGAAAAAUGAGAUUUUAUGAUGAAGUUGACUCUAUCUUAAGAAGGCAGCCUCUGGGUCCCUCGAGCUGGGGAUGUGAAAGUUCAAGUCUCCUAUCAGUGGGAGAUGUUACAGCAAACACAGGAUCCUUGAGUAUCAAGAGAAAAACAUGGAAUGAUGAGGUGUCACCUGUUCCGCUUAAGAAAAGUGCUUCUGAAAACACCAUACUCCACUUCCAAAAACUAUUAACAGAGAGAGUACACACAGUAACAGAAGGCAAAAAGUUACUGUUAGAAAGGCUUUGUAAGCAGGAAGAAAUGCAAGACCUCAACAGAACACAGCUGUAUGCUGAUCCAUCAGUUAUACAACAGGUUGGUUUAAUGAACUUUCUACAAAAUUAGCAUGCAAAGAAAUUCUCUCAGAUACUAAGAAAUUACUUAUUUAUGAGUGUAGGUCAGCCAUGUGAGUACAUGCUUGCCUCCCUUUAAUAUAUUCACCUUCAGUCGUUUAAACUAAACCAAGGUAUGAGUUCCCAUCAUAAUCCUUAACUAUGAGCUUUUAGCAGUGACGUGAGCUAGUCUAAUAAAAGAUAUAACCUCUGCCUACAUUCCUUGGCUCACCUACAUGCCACAGUUAACAGGCUUAAUUGAAAGCAAAUAACACUCUGAUUGAUCAAAGAAAACAUGUACAGUUAAAAUGUCAUCCCAUCAUUUCCAGUUACCAUCUCUAUGACCUUCCUAGCAAGUUAGUCCUCUGCAAUUAACCAAACAGUUUAAAGCCAUAAGAGAACUUCUUUUUGGUUAGGCAAGGCUGGUGGGGAAAACACAAUACUUAAUUUCUUUACCAGCAUUUACCCUCCUCCUAACCUCACCACCUGCCUAUGCUGGAGUUGGGGGACCAUCCCCAUCUGCCUGCUGAAGGUAUGGUGCUGUGCAGCAAUGAACUGGAGAAUUCAAUGAGCCAGAAAGAAAGUAUGCAAAGUUGAUGCCCACCUGGAAGGGGCUGGCAUGGGUUCUGGUCCCUGUUCUGUACUGGGCAAGGGGACUGCCUUGUCCAGUAACCAAAUCAAGUACAGAAAACAUAGAAACAGUGCAGGGAACAAUGACAUGGAAAGUGACAAGUGCCAUGCCAUAAUGUAACUAUUACUCUGCAAAAUCCUACUAGCCACUACUUCAUUUUGUGAUUGUGUAAGUACUCUACAGCCUGCACUGCCUGCAAGGCAUGCAUUUCCAGGGUUUUCCUUUCACUGUAUUCAAGCAGAACAACUCAUUUCUGGAUCUCAGUCAUGUUUAGGCAGAGACCUACACAGCCCUGACAAAGCUAGGUCAGUUCUGGGCACACACAAGGGCACAACUGAAGUCACAUAGUCAAGUCCUUACUUCAGCAGCAACACCUGCCAGGUUUUUUUAUACACAGAGGCCUAAAUUCCACCCAUUCACAAAAUCUUACACAAAAAUAUUACUGGAUGUAGUGCUUUGUUUCCUGCUCUACGGUUAAUUAUUUUCUUGUUAAUUCUUUUAUCAGAGACAUUACAAAGGAAAAUAAUUUCCACCAAGACAGAUUUUAUCUGCCAUUUGACUAGCAUUUUAAAAACAAUUCUGAGAAGGCAGAGAAAGAUCCCUAGAAAAUCAUAGGUUUUUUGAUCAUACUCAUUUAUACAGUGACACGGACAUACAGUUGUUCCAGUGUAUGCUUAUCUACCACUUUUCACAUUUUACAUUAGUUUCUCAGUAUAAACCUUCUUUGGCUUGUAUUACUAGUAUCAUCGUUGGUUUAAAAAUCUUUCUUCUCUCUUUGCAAUGAGUUCAUUCAAAGACACAUCCUUGAACUUGCAUCAUAUUACUUGCAUACAGAACUGCUGUCUUUGGUAGAACAAGGGAUCUGUCCUUGCCAUCACAGCAGUUGGGUAUCCUUCUAGGACAUGCUGAGCCAGCUGAAGACCUCGCCAUUCCUAGCAGUACUAAAAUCACAGGUUACUCCUUCCCCAUGUGAACCAGAAAAAUGUGUGAACCAACCCCAAUUCACUCUAGUACAUUUAAACAGUUUAGUUCAAUUUAGAUUAAGUUUUUAGAGUAACUGUACUGAAAAUAAUAUGGAUCAUAUACGUGUUCUGCUCUACCUGCUCUGUUCCAUGAGUGCAAGGCUGAAGUUGAUUUGAUAACUCUUUGCAACAAGAAGAUCCCCUUUUCUCCAUGCUGCUCUGAGCAAUCUGAUGCUUGCUGGAUCCCCUAUAAACCAGUUCAGCUCACUAACCUGACACAAGACUAACCCAGUUGGGAGAAAAAAAGUAAAUUGUUUUCUGUGAGAGCUGAAGCAGCCCAGCAAGUUCUCAGUUUUGCUAGGCCUAACUUUGAGCAGCUCAAAGGUUGUUUUGUUGCAGCGUGACUGCCCUCACAGAAGAAAGGGUAACCUGAGGGAAGCAGUGAGCACUGCAAAGAAGACAAACCGCACGUAAAUUCUGAGUGAUGCACAAGAAUCCUAAUCUUUCAAAAACUUUGCUGUCAUUCGGUACAACAUCCCCCAAAAAACUUUCACUUCCAGAAAAUAGAAAAUACUUAUUUUAUUCAUUAAAAUAAGCAGAUCUUUCAAGAAAUAUGUAUCUGGUUUUAAAUGCUGUUGUUCAGGUGAGAACUGCACAAAAGCACUGAGGCAAAGGACUGUCUAAAUUCUUAGUAGGUCAGAGCAGAGAACUGCAGAGCACACUUGCAGUCUCCACUUGGAAACUGUUCAUAUCAACACUAGAGGGUAGACAUGAAGCAAGAACUGACAGGAAAAAAAAGAACACAAGUGGCUUUCCAAGUUAAAGUUUUUUUUCUCAGAAAACUUUCCAGGGAGUGGGAUUUACCUGAGAAACAAACAUCCAAAGAAGGUGGGCUUCCCUUUGUGUGGGGUUCCACUUCUAUUCUGCUUUGUGGCAGCAAAGCAUAGCUUGCUUUUUGUAAUUAUUUUGUCGGAAAGCUAACUCCUUCUUUCCUGCUGUUCACCUUUAUUUUCGGCCAAAGAUGGUAAGACAUGUCAAAUGCAUGGGGCAUUUGGUAUCAUCUAAUAUUUAUGUGCUAUUCCCAUUUAUACAGAUAACAAUUAAUUUACUUGAAUAUGUAGAAUGCCGAGAUAGAUAAAUCAAAGUGGCAUCGAGACAACCUUUGUUCACUGCAGUUGUAGUUAUGAUUCCACAUCACUUUUUGCUUAGAGACAAAAUAACAUGAAUGUUGCACAUUUAGAAUUCUAGUUGUCUAGAGAUAAGGUCUGUCUCCUUUUGACAGCAUCUCCAGAGGUAGUGACAAUAGGGUAGAGAGAAUGAAGGAGCAAAGGAUUUCUCAGAAAAUAUUCCUUUGGAAAAUAGCAUUAGGUAAUCCAACUCAUCCUGCCAGUGUAUUUUUAUAUCCACUUGAGCUUGUGCUGUGGUUCUGCCCUGAUCACAGCUUUACAUUUAUUACAGUCACACAAUAUUUAGUCUAGGCACACUUAUGGGUGAGUUAAAUGGAACUUGGGACACCAUCUGACACAUGCUAAAUGGGUAUCUGUGAGAGCACUACCAUAGGACUGAAAGGGUUUGGGAGGAGACGCCUUCUUAGACAUAGAUCCACAACAUGGUUCCUUUUCAGCAGAAAGGCCAGACCAAGUUGUUUCCAUGCAACUGCUCCUGGGAAUCUUAAUAUAAAUCACAUCAUGAAAAUGAUCCAGCUUAAAACCAACACUAAGUAAUGAUGGCAAGAGCAGCAAUCCUAUAAAAAACAGGUAUCUUUGCUCAUCUCCCUCCUCAAGUAUCUGCACUAUUACCAGGGGGCCAUUCAGGUUACUGUGAGGGCAAAUCUCUCUCCUCCCCAGUUUGCAAAUGGCAAUACUGAAACUUUUCAGGUGUGGCAGACAAAUGGAGCAAUAGCCACUCUGACCUAUAUUAAAAAGUUCCAUUCUUCUCUAAAGCACACUCAUUCACUGAGAAGAAUGGGUCACUUUACACCUCUUUGAUAGGGCUGUUACCCUGGAGAGUCCUCUGAAUGCACCAUUUAGAUUAUUUCCUGGUAGACCAAACUAUAUUUGGGCCAAAUGGGUGGAGAAUGAGCUUCAGGGAGCAGAAAUGCUUGCAUUGUUGGUGGAUCCACAAGCACUAUCAGCAUCACUGUCGGCUGAAAAGACUCUCCCUCCAGACUCUUACCAUUUGUUCCUUCUCCUGCACCAAGGUCUCCUUUGUGUUGGCACAAGCAUUCAUGUGGCCAAGUGGUUAACCAACAGACAGAACUGAUUUAAAUUAAAACUAACCUCAUAAAAAGCCCCUCCAAGCAACCCUGCUUUUUUUAAGGUCAAGGAAAGUUGUGUAAGACAGGGCAGAAAGAGCAGCCAGGACGGUUUAUUUGAACUGAACUACCCAGCAUGAACAUCCCAUGCUGUGUACAACCCUCCCUCCAUGCAUUAGUCUCAAAUUUAAGGUAUGGGCAGACAAGAGCCCAAGUGAGCAAUCCUGUGAAAAUUACUGGAGAGCUGUGUCAUGCCUACAUGGAUGACUUAGCUACAGAAAACGUGAAGAAAAGCGAGCAGUCUCACCCCAACUCUAUGGCUAGGUUAAUGUAAUGGAACAUCUGUUGGCCACAAUAAACAUAAUGGCUGUCUCUUGAGACAUCCUCCUGUAUAUACAUUUUGGCACCACUUCCCUCCCGGUUUUUCCACUCCUUCCUACAUUACCUCAUUGCAGUUGGUUACCCCACAUCCAGAGAUAAGAGCUGAGACUGAACUGCAUUUUGUGACAUGUACGUCUUAGAGAUUUGAACUUGCUUAGAAUGGAAAUCUGGCUUAUCUUCACUUUCUGAAAGCAAGCAUGCAGGAACCUGAGCCCUGCUGGAAGUUACGUAAAACAACCAAGAGGAUAUAACAGCUCACCACAGCAAAAAGGUCUCGCUCCUCCUCUCUUCCUGCAGGAGUAAGCUUUUUGGCAUGUAAUUAAACUGGGCUGUCACCACCUAGCAGCACAGAAUGGCCUAUAAACGUAAACCAAGAAAGAACUAAAACAUAAAGUGUUACUAUAUCCACAUUCAGUAAGUGUCUCUGAAAGUACUCAGGAAUGUUUUAGCAGCACAUACAGCAUGAAUGUUCUAGUAAGACAGCAUACAGACUCAAUCGCUAGCUAGACAAACAUCUUACCCAGUAUAUUGCAUAGGAAAUCUAAAUAGAAAUACGGUUCAUUACAAAAUUUGGCAUUUAGACAAUUAAAACAUUUAACACUGCAGUUCUUGCAUCUGGGGAUGGGGGAUCUGCUGAACCCAUAAUAGGUUCUUGAGAUGAAGAGCUAAAUAUGUUGCAUAUCAAAUUUUCAGGAUCACUACCUGUAGCAUAUCCAUGCUCCCCAGAAAAUUCCCAUCCAAAUACUAUUGCAAUUUUAAGCGUUUUGUUUGAAAGAUUCAUGAUGUAAGACAGGAUACCAAUAGCUUGCUAAAUAGCCUUUUAAAAUAUCCGUCUUGUAGCCAAAAGGUUAUAUGUAAAACAUAGAUAAACACUUUAACUAUGCUAUGUUGAGUGUAGAUACUUGGAAGGAUGGCUAGUAGGAAGCAACUGGUAAUUUCACUACACCGAAAGAGAAGUAAAAAUUCUUAAUUUACAUUGGUGAUUAUUUGGGUUCUGUUGUGUGGGUUUUAAUAGUGGACAGUAACGGGGAAGGUAUCAAAAAAGCAUGCUGGCCAGGCCUGCACUCCCCAUUUACUUUGAUUCUCGUAACAAAUUCCAUACAUAGACCCAGCUGAGUUGGGACGAGGAGUAUUCCCUGACUUAACAGGACUUCCACCUGCACAGAAGAGGCCUUUUAAAGACCUUUUCUAAAAAUCAGUACAAAGCUGGAUACCCUCAGGUUUCAGUACACAGUAUUACUGCCAAAAAUAUUUUCCAGGGAAUUUUGCAAAAAGUUAACAGAAAUCACACUUGUUCCAAGAUUAACUUUGCAAAUUUGUCCUGGUCAAGGACUCAAAUGACGUUUAAUAGAUUUGUAACUCAAAGUACUCCUCCUCCCUACCUCACUGCCCCAAAGAAAGUCCUCUCCUUACCAAUAUCCUCUGACUUUAUUUUGGCAUGCUGUCAGUGGAUUUUGCAGUGACUUUGUUCCCUGGCUUACAAAUUGUAAAGAUGAUUUAGAACAUCCACUUUCAAGCCUUGUUAAUGUUGAUGCCAGAGUAACAGCAUUAGCUUUAGCAGCUUUAAAGUUUCAAACAUAAUUCACUGCUAACAUAGCUGUAAAAUGUGUUAAAACCAGAUGAAAAUCACUUUAAAAUGGUCUCAAGUUAAAUUGGUACAAUGCUCUUAGUGUGUAGAAGGCCUUGAUUAGCCUGUGAGUAGGAAUAUACUGGUUUUCAUUUCAAUUCACAGUUCACCAUUAUAAAGUAAAAGCCAAUAAAAAGCCAUGUUCUAACUUCUGCUACAAAGGAGCAUGAAUUUAAGCCUCAACAAUCUAGCAGCUGCUUUUUCAUUAAAAAAAGCCAAAACAAAACAAAACUUUUAAAGUUGUUGCUUAUGUCAAGAUAGUGAAAUUCCAAGUCUAUCUUUUAUCUUUCAUGAUGUGCCUACUUGUGGGCCUGCUCCAGAACCUUGCUUACAAAUACAUACCUUUUUUUCCAUGCAGAAUAGUUUCAGUGAAACAAUGAACACCACUCAAACACAUGCCAUUGAAUACAUGCUUAAUUAUUUUGGUGGCUUGAUCCAAUGCACGGAGUUUCAAGAUUUCAGUUACAAACAUCCUCACUGAAGUAAAUCUCUCUAGUGCAGUAAUAUCUUUUUAACGCUGUAAUACAAACUGUCAACUCAUUUUAGGCUAUUUAUCAGAAACAGCAAAGUCCAUCACAAUGCUGCAACCAGCUAGAUCAGAACAUACAGCACAAAGAAUUUAUGCUGCAUGUUUUUGUGGCAUGUAACAAAUACUCUGGAUCUUUAUGCAUACAGAUAAGAUGUUCCCAACAGCUGCCUCUUCUUUGUGGGUCAUCUCAAAAAUGCAGUUUGAUACAAUGCCAUGCUUGAAUAUUCUGAUUUUUAAAAUCUAAGAUGAAUUAAGGGCCAAAUUCAGUAAUUUGGUUUAUUGCACAGGACUAAUUUGCAUAAAACCCCCAUGCCUAUGAGUAUCUAAGGCCAGUAGUCAUUACCUAAACAUCCUUACUAAUUUAAAGGUGAGGUCUAAGGACUGUAUUUUCUAGUGGCCAAUCAAAUUUCUGGUAGUCACUUAGGCCUCAUAGGGACUACCCAUUAAUAUUUACCAUACCUCUCUUUCCUAUUUACUUAUUCUUAAAGGAAUACAGUUAAGGGACACUUACUCAUUUUUAAGUUUAAAAGAACAGGCUUAAUGAAAUUUACUGAUACACUUAAUGCUAAAUCUUAAUUCUGGUUUUCAAGAGACGUUCCAAAAAGAAGGAAGAAAAAUAGCUGUUAUCCUAUUACAUUCCGAUAGGGAUGUCCCCUCUCCUACUCCUCAUAGUAGGAACAAUGCAGAGGUUAGGGAGGAACGUUAGAAGGAAGUGGGAACAUUAACAUGUCAGCUACUUAAUAGAAUUUUAUUGAGUGCUUGCAGAGGUAUACCUAACUGAACAGACUGUUUCACUUUACAGAUGCAAUAAUGUUUAUGUCUCUAAGAAAGCAUCCUUAAAAAUUUUGACAAUUAUUGAGUUAGAAGAUCAGAAUCAGAGGUAGUGCAUGUAUGCCUCUAGGUGUGUAUCCUCCUGCAGAGCUUGUGAUUUGCUUACAGUUUCAAUCACAACAUUAGUAUUACUGUCUACAGUUGUGUCCUCCACAGGGGAUAUUUGAUAUUAAAGAGCUCAUGGAAAUCAAAUAUACUUGUCAAGUGCCCAUCAGAAAAAAAAGAAGAAAAAAACGUGUAUUGAAAAAUCACAAAAUAAGGUUGCAGUGAAAAUUGAGAUC